AUGACGAGGUGUAUUUUUGCAACCAUUUGUUUACAUCUUCAAUUGCCGUAUUUCAUUUUUACAACCAGAAUUUUUAAAUGUGAAAAACAGAAUACAAAUACUACACUUUUCUUUGCUAAACAAGAGACAAUAAUGGAUCAAACAAGGUCUGAGAGUGAAUCACACAGACUAAUUCAAGAGUUGAUUGCAGUUUCGUUGUACUGUAUUAGUUACUUAAGAGACCUUUUUCCUGAAGAUUACUAUUACGAUUGCAAGUAUUAUGAUACAGCAGAGCCAAGUUCAGACUCCAAUUUUAUUUUAACUAAAAAAUUACAGCAAAAAGGCAAUAAUGAAAUAAAUAUGUUCAUAAACUAUAUUGACAAAGGAAUUAACGAAGCUAUCAAAUUGGAAUAUCUAAAAGGUGUACUGUUUGAAAUAUUCUUAUCAAAAGUGCAGCCAGAGCUCAUUUGUGAAAGCUACUUAUUUACAAUCAACUACUUGAGCCAACAAGUGUCACUAAAUGACGCAGUAUCUUUUCAGGCAACUACAAAUACUAUAAUCCAAAGCAUUCUGGGAAUUAUUAAAAGAUUGAUUUUGCUAACACAAACAUUUGAUAGACUACCAGACAAAAAAUAUUUUGCGAUCAGAUUGUUGUUUAACGAGUCUUGUCCAGUUCUGUAUCAACCACCAUAUUUUCAAGAUACUACUUAUGCAAAACCCAGUUCAAUAACUGUUGAACAAGAAUACAGUGGGUUAGAAAUUGGUCAAAUAAACGCUUACACUAAUUGUGUCAAAAUGAAUAUUUUGGUUGAAACUUGUAAAAUGGAAAACUGUAAUAGUAUUGAUCCCUUCGACUUGGUUGACAAACAAAAAUACCAGUGUGAGGCUCUUUCAUCUUGUGACGUUGAUUUGGAUGAAUAUUUAGACCAUCCAAAUACUAUUGAGGUACAAAUUCUGGAACCAAAAACAGGCACAUUUGACAUUGUCAAUUGUCGAAAGUGUAAUGCUAGUAUUUAUCCAGUUGCUUAUGGGUAUGAUAAGUCAUUCAAAAAUUCCAUCACUUGCUUCAAGUGUUUAUUGCAAAAUAGAUUUGAUGACAAUUUGGGUAUCUUAAUGAGCAUACGAUUAUUAUGGCAAUUUUAUAUGAUGAAUGAAUUCCCAUCUUUUGAAAAGUCAAAGGAAUUGAUACAGUUGGUUCAUACUGGUUCAAUUGUCCAUGUUUUCAACAAAAUGUUUAGUGACAAAUUACUUGUUGUCACAAAUAAAGCAAUGUUCCGUCCCAACACCGUGGACUUUAUUGCAGGAUGUGGAAGCUUUAUUCCUGCUAUGGAAGGCAUUGUUGCCAAUGAUGGUAAGCAAUUACAAAAAUAUUCUGAAUAUUUUGUUUCAUUUGUUCCCAGGAUGUGCACCUUCCCGUCAUUCUUUGCAUACGACAAAAAACUCGAUUCACUUUAUUUCCCGAAUUAUUUGGUCCAACGAGCUGAUUUUGUUUUGAGUAACUUGCGGAAAUUCAAAGCUGGUAGUCCUGGCAGACAUAUCGUAAGAUCAUCAUCAUCAUCAGUGUCACUGCAGUUGUCAAAGACAAAUUCAAAAUCUGGCACCAUUCGCAAAUUAAAAAGUGGUUGCCCAGCCCCUGGCCGUGGCCGUGGUCGUUGUCGUGGUCGUCCCUCAUUGGGCUGGAAAAACAAUACCUCUGUCUCACAAAACUCAAAGACUCCCUCUCUGUUGAAGCCAAGUUUGUAUCAAAGUGGAUCUGUUUAUUCUCAGUCCAAUAGCAUAAUUGAAAGUACUAAUGAUAUGACACCAUUGCAGUUGAAUGAAGACAGUUCUCCAACGACUGUAGUAGAGUGCUCCACACAAAAUAUUUCUGAAACCCUUGACGAUUUAUCUUUUGAAGAAUCAUUACAAUACUUGUCUCAGUCACAAGAAGUUCAGAUUGUAAAGUGCAAACAACAGCAACAACAAGAACAACAAUACUAUCCCCAAAAAUCUUACCAGAAGAAAAAGAGGGCAAGAAAACAAACUUAUAUUUGA